AUGACUUGCUCCCACCUGUGGACCCCCUCGCUCGAACCAAGAACCGUGGUCCACUCGUGGUACCGGCACUCGAUGAACGAGGCCGCCGCCUUGGACAAAGAAGAAGAGGAACUCAAUUCGGAGUUAUUGGAAAUGAAAAAUAGGUGCAAGCGCGCUGCUGUCCCUGGAGCUUACAGGUUUAAACACGGCGAAGACGACAAUGAUGAUGGGGAACGAGUCGUUUCCUUAGCAUCACCACCUCAUGGCUUCGUGGACGAUGAUGACGAUCCGGAUUUACUUUUACCCGCUCUCAUAUCGGAAUCAUCUGGCACACCCGACAUAUUCUCUCCGUCUGCGGAGAUAAACACCGCAUCACCGACAGAGAGACGUGCUACCGACAGCACGGGAAGGAUGAUCCCCCCGGAUACUCGUGGUCGAAAUCAUGAAGUGAGUGAUUCAGGAGAUGUUACUUCGAGAAAUAGUGUCGAAUCGAACUUGGUUUCGGGUGAUGAUUACAAUGAAGGGGACGUGGAAGUCAAUUUCACUUGA